UAAGCUCAGCUCUAUCAGAUACCGACUACUGCAAUGUUGACGAAUGCAGCAAUCCAUCUAGACACGUCAUGUGCCUGUAUCCGAUGAGUGCUGCUUUGUAAAUAAAACUUAUUCGAGGUGUACGGAAGAGUGGAAAUUUUAUUUUCAACAUUCAGGACAAAACGACCGGUGCUUCCUGCGAAACCGUCGUGCGCUCCGGCUUAUCCGACAAUGAGAGGAUGAUGAUAGGAUUCGCGCAUAACCUUCUGAGGAACGCGUUUUCUCUGCAAAAGGGCCACAAUUUCUCGUCUCUCGUAUGGGACGACGAGCUGGCGGAGUUGGCUCAGAGAUGGGCGGAUCAGUGUCCGGAAUCUGGCCACAACGACGAGUGUCGAUCCCUCAACAAAUUUCGCACGGUGGUGUACCAAAACGUCGGUAAGAAGAGUUACCCAGGUAGCCUACCAGGGCAGAAAGCUGCGGAAGACAUUCCAAAGUUGAUGUCGGAUAUAGCCACCGAGUGGUACCAGCAGCCUCACAAUCCGCUGAAGCCCGAUACGGAACGCUUCGAAACCAUCAACGUCGUGGGCUGCGGGCUUACGAAAACUUCGAGAUGCAGUUUGAGGGGACACCCUCUUCCAGCUUGCGUUGACUACUUCACCAUACAUCUAGUUUGCAAUUACGCGAGCAAGGAGGACGAGUCCAAAGUCGAAUACGAUACGGUAUCUUUCUAGGGCUUCUCAACAUCUGUUUUCAUUUUGUAAAUUUACGGAAAGAAAAAAU